UGGUUUGACACCUCUAGCGUCUAGUAAAAAAGGCAACAGCAUUUACGCUUCGAUUCGGUUUUAAUAAUCAUUCCAAGACGCGCAAGUAACCAAAGUGCCUUUGAGCAAUUCACAUUAUCCCACGAGAGCGAAAAAUCGAUUGAAAUAAAAUGGCUGGAGGUAAAGCAGGCAAGGAUUCGGGAAAAGCAAAGGCGAAGGCAGUUUCCCGCUCAGCGCGCGCUGGUCUUCAGUUCCCCGUUGGCCGUAUCCAUCGUCAUCUGAAGAGUCGUACUACAUCCCAUGGACGCGUUGGCGCCACCGCAGCCGUUUAUUCUGCUGCCAUAUUGGAAUAUUUGACUGCUGAGGUUCUGGAAUUGGCAGGAAACGCAUCGAAAGAUCUGAAAGUGAAACGUAUCACACCGCGCCACUUACAGCUCGCCAUUCGCGGAGACGAGGAGCUGGACAGCCUGAUCAAGGCAACCAUCGCUGGCGGCGGUGUCAUUCCCCAUAUUCACAAGUCGCUGAUCGGCAAGAAAGAGGACACCGUCCAGGAUCCACAGCGAAAGGGCAAUGUGAUCCUGUCGCAGGCCUACUAACUGCCACACCCCCUUUUGACACCCACUUUUAAAAAUAUGAAGAAUUAAGAUUAGAGUCCGAAGAAACAGCGUGUAGAGAGAGACAGAGA